AUGGGAUUCAACUUCUACGAAACCAUCAAGCCGCAAUCUGACGGUGUAUCAGAAAGGAUCGUUUCGAGUGGUAGUCAAUAUAUUCCAGAACUAAAGACAGAGACUAUUUCUACCGGAAAUCAAAUUUCCGAAGUGCCAACAUUGACUAGUUGGUUCCAUGGCAUCAUCUCUGCAUCUUUGAGCAAAGUCAACCUUUACAAAGCCGAGAUCGAGACUCAGAAAUCUUCAGCAGCUAAUGAAUUGAGAAACGCGCGUGAAUAUGUGUCAGAAAACAUUUUAACCGACAAAUACGAAUCUACAGAAUUUUUGGUACCAGCCUGUAUAAGUGCCGUAGGCGCCUUUGCAGCGGGAAGGAUAAUAAGCAAUCCUCAAAAUUGGGGUUUCCGUUCGACUUUAAACAAAAUUGGUGGAAUUUUAGCCCGCAAUCCAUCAUUCCUGGGCCGUACUUUGACAAGCAUUCCCAGCAGAUUAAUUCUUCCUUGGGCUUUGGCACUCACCACUUUCAAGUUCCUCAUCCCUGUAACAUCUCAAAAUGCCGUUGAAGCGCUAGAGAAGGAUUUCCUGCCUCCUGCGGCCAGAGAUUAUCAUAAGCAGAUCAGCAAGUGGUACGCAGAGACCGUUCAAGCCAGCGCUCACAACUUGAGCAGCACAUCACAGAAAUGGUUGCAAGGCUCUAUUCACAGAAUGAGAAAGUUCGUUAUCGACCAACUGAGCUUAUAA